CGGCUAAAUAAUAAUUCAAAAUUUAUUUCUCUUUAUCUGCAGGUCAUCGAAGGUUUUCGCACAGGCGAAUGCAAUUUACUUGUUUGUUCGAAUGUCCUCGAGGAAGGUAUUGAUAUUCAGGCAUGCAAUUAUGUAUUCGCCUAUGAUCCAUUAAAAACCUUCAAUUCUUAUGUGCAAACGAAGGGGCGCGCCCGUAGUAAUGAAUCGCUGUAUGCUAUAUUUGCGCCAGAUAUUAAUAAAGCAAAAGUUAUUACGCAAAUUCAAAACUAUAAAGCCGCACAUCAAAUGAUACAGGAAUUCCUGAUUGGACGAAUUUUGGAUCGAGAUGAUCCUAAAGAAGAAGCCAUAGCCGAACAAUUUGUGGAUCUUAUUCCACCUUUUUUGCUGCCGAGCGGUGCCUGCCUAUUGGCGUCGGGUGCAUUAGCAUUGUUACAUCGCUAUUGUCAACUGUUGCCUACUGAUGCGUUUGGUGCCGCCAUGCCUUGGUUUACUAAAAAAACAACGGAAUCAGGAAUAUUUGUGGAGUUACGGAUGCCGCUGCAAUCUUCAGUGAAAGAUACAAUAACGAGCGACAUUUACCCGACUUCUAAACAGGCAAAAAUUUCUGCUGCAUUUAAAGUGUGUAAACUGCUUUACGAACAAGGAGAGCUAAAUGAUCGUUUGUUGCCCGUGACGAAGCGAGAAUGUGUGGCAAAAGUGUCCGAAGAUCUUUUCGAACAUUGGAAAAAAUUUAAUGAUGACGUCACUUCAAAAACUGCUGGCAAGCAACAACGCCGUUUGUAUAAUCGAAAAUAUCCGGAGGAACUGCAAAAUGCAAUCCCUCAACUCAAUGAAGUCUGCUAUGCCUAUGAGAUUCAUGCAAUACCCCACUUUGAGAAAGAUGACUACACUGAACACAUCGCCGAGCUAUUGCAGACCAAUCGUAACUAUGCUAUUUUAUCGCGUAAACGCAUACCGCCGCUCGCAGAAAUGCCGCUUUUCAUGAAUCAGGGUAAAUUGUCAGUGAAAGUGGCGCCACAACCAAUUACAUUGACUAUAUCAAGUCAACAGCAAUUACAACAACUAUGUAAAUUCCAUUUGAUGAUCUUCCGAGAUUUGCUCGAGUGUUGGAAAACUUUCUUCGUAUUAGAUCAGCGUAACCACGAGAAUUCAUACCUCAUCGUACCGAUUAAUGCGGGAAAAAUUGAUUGGGAAUUGGUACAAAACUUCCAACGUCUAUUGCCACAGCGCAGCUACAGUGUCAUUGAAAGGAAAAAGAAGGUCUACAAGGCGGAGGAUUAUGUCGGCAAAGUGAUUAAUAAAUGGUACUCAGGCAGAGACAAUCAACGUUUUGUCGUAACCAAAGUACUUACUGAUCUCACACCACUAAGUCCUUUCGACAAUAAUCAAUAUUCAAGUUACGUCGAUUUUAUCGACUGCAAGUACAAAAAUGAAGUGGAUUAUGUGGUGCAACCGAAUCAAUUUUUGCUAGAAGUUCGUGCACUAACUUCGCGUCGAAAUUUUUUUAUUAACGCUGUUGGAAAGGCAACGAAGGGGCAUAAGAAUAAUUGCGCAAUCCGUCUUAUACCUGAACUUUGCCAUAACUUUAUGUACCCGGGUGAUAUGUGGAUGAAAGCGUUGCUGCUGCCCAGCAUUUUGCAUCGCGUUCAUUUUAUGCUGCAUGCGGAAAAUUUGCGCCUUCGUGUUAAUAGAUUUCUGGGCAUAGUAGAAAGAACGUCUUACCAGCCGAAGCAAUUAUUAGUCGACGAGUCAUUGUCACGGGCUGUCGAUCUUGACGGCAAUGCUAUGGAACAGCCAGAGGAGCCGAAAAAACUACUCCCUGCACUGCCCACCCGCUCCACCAAAGUCGAAUAUGAGGUGAUGAAUCUAACUGAUACAGUGGCCUGGAAGGAAUACAUGGAGCCCGAAGACUUUUCUCGGAAGCCCGAUUCGAUAUUCCCCGUUGAAUUGGACUAUUACUACAAAUUCAUAUCCGGCUUAGCGAUGGAAUUAGAUGCCUUAAAAUUGAGUGAGGACGAAUGGUCGCCGUCGCAAUCACAGUUGAACAUGCCUAAAAUCAGUCACAUUAGCAUCGAAAACAAUGUGGCUCGCAUGUCGCUAUGCGAUGCCCCUUUGGCUGAUAAGCGACGGCUGCACAUACUCGAAUUGACGUUGAGCGGACAGACGAUGCAGACCGCAGAGCAGGCCGAUUUUUUGGCUGCCAUCACCACAGCUGGCGCAAAUGACGUCUUUGAUAUGGAGCGAUUUGAGUUUUUGGGGGAUUCGUUUCUUAAAUUUUCGAUCUCUCUAUAUUUGGUGCAUAAGUAUCCAAAAUGGCAUGAGGGAUUCUUAACUGAAAUCAAAGGGAAGCUUGUCUCGAAUAAAAAUCUUAUCUACUGUAUGCUCGACGAUAUACCGGAACGAAUUUGUGGUUACUUAUUCAAACCUCCACAUGAAUGGUUGCCUCCAUUAAUCAGCUUACCACGAAAUAUUCUAGAACUCAUUGAGAGUAAUGAGAACAUUAUGAAAUGUUUAACACCGAGUGAUUUAUAUGCGAUUGAACUGGAUGACGACGAGAUUGCCAACGGAUGUUGCUCUACCGAUAAUUUAAGUAAAUUGGUCGCUUGUAGCACUCAAACGCAUAAAAUGAUCGAGGGACCAGCAGCGGAGGAGGCAAGACUAGACAAUGAAUUAAAUUUGUUUAUAUACAAAGAGACCUUGCGCGAUAAAGUCGUUGCUGACACCAUGGAAGCUAUACUCGGUGUUUGUGUGAAGAAUUACGGCAUUUACAAUACUUUCCGCAUGUUGGAAUUCUUUGGAAUCUGUAAACCUGAACCAGGCCAAUCUUUCAUGCGUUUAAUGGACUUGAAGUUGGGCAGCCCGUUGCUGCAUGCAAACAUCUCGGCCCGUGAGGUCGAUAGUUUCCUAAUCAACUAUCCAAAAUUGGAGGAGAAUUUGGGAUAUAAGUUCCGCGAUCGUGCAUACUUAUUACAGGCCUUAACGCAUCCGUCCUACCCGACUAAUCGGAUAACUGGCUGCUAUCAAGAACUCGAAUUUAUUGGUGACGCUAUACUUGACUUCCUGGUUUCAUGCUUCAUAUUUGAGCGCUAUCGUCAUAAGACUCCCGGUAUGUUGACAGACUUGCGUUCGGCUUUGGUCAAUAACAUAACAUUGGGUUGUGUCUGCGUACGACAUCGCUUCCAUUUAUUCUUGUUGGCUGAAAAUAGUGUGCUGGCUGAGUCUAUAAAAAAUUUCGCCAUUUAUCAGGAGAAGCAAAAUUACUAUGUUACCGAUCAGGUGCACAUAUUGAUGGAGGAGAAUGUUAUGAAUGAAGAUGAGGUUAAGGGUGCCACUUACAAUUUAUCAGCGAAUGUUGAUGUCCCGAAGGCAUUAGGUGACAUUCUGGAGGCAUUAAUUGCCGCUGUUUAUCUCGACAGUCGAGACUUGCGCACUACUUGGAAUGUCAUAUACGGUCUGCUGGAGCAAGAAUUCAACCAGUUCUCUCGCGAUGUACCCAUCGAUGCAGUGCGACAGUUGAAUGAUCAUAAACACGCAAAUCCCAAAUACAGCGAUCCAAUUGUAGACAAUGAAACAUACAUGGUGAAAUGCCAGUUUACAUGCCUCGACAAAAGUGUGGAGGUGAAUGGGUUUGGCUUAAAUGGAAAGCAAGCCAAGAAAGCGGCAGCAAAACAUGCGCUUCAAAUAUUGGCUAAAUACUCCAGCUAAAUACUUUCAUUUUUUUGCUUCCAAAAAUAAGAUUUAUUAUAAAUGUUUCUGUUAAAAGGUCAAAUAAGACUGAAAGUAGAUAUAGAGGAAGGGAUUUAGAAAGUGGAAGGCUUUUAGCACUGUUAUAUACAUAUGUAUGUAUAUCGUCCCCCCAUGCCAGAAGCAUGAAAGUGUAAAUUUACCAAUUCUGAGUUAAUGGGUUGACUUGAUUCACCUUUGGAUGUUCUAUGUUAUACCAAAACCCAGAAUACCAUGCGUACACGGAAACCACAUAUUUUACAAUG